GUUUCACAACUGUUCAAGAAGGCAUUUUUUACCUGAUGGCUUCGCUCAAAGAUAAAGUCAUUUUGAUUACAGGUGCCGGAGACGAGUCUGGCAUUGGAGCGGCAACUGCAUUGCAUAUGAUCCAGUUCGGACCAAGGUUUGUGCUGACCGGUAGGCGACAAGAGAAGCUUGAUAUAGUUGGAAAACUGAUGGAAGAUGCUGGAGUCUGCAAAGACAGGCUUCUUUUGGUUGUUGCCGACGUGACAAUUGAUGCAGACCAAGAAAGACUUGUUAAAUCUGCAAUCGACAAAUUCCAGCAGCUGGAUGUUGUGAUUCAUAAUGCAGGCAUCACCGCUUACCACAAGACGAUGGAUACAUCUAUGGAAGAAUUUGAUCUUGUAAUGAGAACAAACCUCCGGGCUCCAUUCUACCUGUCAAAAUUAUGCUUACCAUACCUCAUCAAAACCAAAGGGAACAUCGUCAACGUCUCUAGCAUAUCGGGCCAAAGGACGUUCACAGCUGAGGCACCAUAUGGAAUAAGUAAAGCUGGAUUGGACCAUUUUACAAGAAUACUUGCCAUGGAGAUGGCAGAGCAUGGUGUCAGAGUCAACUCUGUAAAUCCUGGUGUAAUCCGUACAAACAUUCAGCAGAAAGGAGGCAUGUCUUCUCAACAGUAUGUGGAGUAUAUUGAGCGACAAAAGUUGAAGCAUCCACUUGGUAACAUCGGCGAACCUAUAGAUGUUGCAAAGGCAAUAACGUUCCUCUCUUCUGAGGAUUCUUCCUUCAUUACUGGAGAGCUUAUCUUUGUAGACGGUGGACGCCAUAGUCAUCCUGUAUAAACAAUCGGUCAUAUACGGUCGCACUGUAUAAACUUGACUCUAAAGUAAGCCCUGUGAAUAAUAUAUAGAAAUCUACAAUUGGCGUGAAAUUCCAUAUACAAUUGAAAACAAGAACAUAUUGAUUUUAAUGGCAUUAACGGUUAGUCCCAUAUUUUGUGAGAAAAAAUUCAAACAACAUCAUAGAAAGGUUUGUUUUACUUGAAAAUUGAACAACAUAUAAACAUAUAUAUUACUGUAAAAAACAAUUGUCGAUUUACUGAUAUACACAUUGAAUUCCGGAAAAUGACUGCAUAAAAGUGCCACAAUAUCUGACAGUUCAACGCCUUGGAAACGCCCCAUUUUUAAAAACAUACCUUGAUUUCACAUACCUAGGUAGUACACGCCGGGAACCAGGCUAGAAUAAUGCCUGGCAGCCAAUAUACGGACCUGAAAUCUGUUAUAUCCUGUGUAGUACGUGUUAAACAAUCAGCUCUUCUGUCUAUUUAUGUAAAAUAAUUCAAAAUAAUAACAUAAAAUAAGCUGCAAGGUAAAGACUCCAAUUUAUAUUUGGCGAAUUGUGAAAAAUAAAGCACAUGGACAUACA